AUGACAAAACUAUCCCGGCGGUUCACACAGGUACAGUCUCCUCAGUUCGCCCGUGGAUCAGUGUUUCCCACUCAGCCCUCGGUGCAGCAGCUGCAGGAACAGGACAAGUACAAGGCCUUCCUCAGACUGCAGAUGGAUGAGAAGCAGCGUCUGAAGGCCGAGGAGCGGGAGCGGCAGCGUCUGGAGGAGGAGAAGGAGGAGAAGAGACUGAGUGAACAGCGAGCACGAAUCCAGCAGGAGUUUGAGGAGGAGCAGGAGAGGAAGAGGCGCAAGGAGCAGGAGGUGAGAGUCCAACUCAUCCAAACUUCAGGGAUUGACUCAAUCGGUCGGCCCGGUGGCUGA